CCAUCAGUGUGGCCACCAGAUAAACGCGUUUCAUUUUGUUAUAUGGAGCGAAAAACAUUGUACCCAAAUAAAGAAUCUCAACGUGAUUGUCAUGCAAAAGAUGGAAAUCCAUUUGGUCCAUUUUGGGAUACCUUUAAUAUCGAUUUUAUUGCAUCUGAAUUUUAUGGACCACUACAUUUCGAUGUACAUCAUAGUGCUAUAGCAGCUAAAUGGCAAACAAAGUAUUCACCCAAAGAAUGGCCAGUACUUGCAUUCACAGGUGCACCCGCUAGCUUUCCAGUCCAACUUGAAAAUCGCGAUCUUCAGCGUUAUGUUACUUGGAAUUCAAAGAUAAUUAAUUCAGCGCAAGAUUUUAUACGUAAUGAACUACCUCGUGGCGCUUUUAUUGGUAUUCAUUUACGGAAUGGAAUUGAUUGGGUGAAAGCCUGUGAACAUAUUAAAGAUAGCCAACAACUUUUUGCUUCCCCACAAUGUCUUGGAUACAGAAAUGAACGUGGUUCCUUAUUUCCCGAAUUAUGUAUGCCGUCGAAAGAGUUAAUUAUAAGACAAAUAAAGCGAUUGGUUAAAAAUGUAAAGCAAAUGUAUCCUAAAAAUGAAGUACGUUCCAUAUUUGUGGCAUCUGAUGCAAAUCAUAUGAUAACAGAUCUCAAUAACGCCUUGCUUAGAAUGAAUAUAACCGCUUAUAAAUUAACAAAUGAUAAUCCUCAUUUAGAUUUAGCGAUACUAGGUCAAGCUAAUCAUUUCAUAGGUAAUUGCAUUUCAUCAUAUACUGCAUUUGUUAAACGCGAACGGGAUGUGAAAGGGUUACCAUCUUAUUUUUGGGCAUAUCCUAAAGAGAAAGAUCGUCAACAUUCUAAAGUACAUGAAGAAUUGUAAAAAUGAAUAGCAGUUCCCCAAUUCUUCAUAAACAUUCCUACAAUUACAAAUGUUGAAUAAGAUGAAAAACGAAUUUUGUUGAUAAAGGUCAUACACACCAAAGCGAAUGUUUGCGAACGAACGAACUUUUACAAGUACGAUUACCAGCGAAUGUUCGUUCAUUCGCAAGCGUUCGCUUUGGUGUGGAUGCACCUUAAGAAUGAAAUUAACACAUAAUAUUCUAUUAAGUUUUAGAGUGUCAUUUCUUUUUAUAUUUAUUUUACUUUAUAAUUACUAGGUAUUAGUAUUACUUUUAUAGU